AUGCGGAGGAAUUUGAAGACAAAGAGUGGACAUUUGUCAUAGAAAAUGAAUCCCCUUCUGGUCGAAGGAAAGCUCUUGCUACUAGCAGCAUUAAUAUGAAACAGUAUGCAAGCCCUAUGCCAACCCAGACUGAUGUCAAGUUAAAAUUUAAGCCAUUGUCUAAAAAAGUUGUGUCUGCCACUCUCCAGUUUUCAUUAUCUUGCAUUUUCCUUCGGGAAGGAAAAGCCACGGACGAAGACAUGCAAAGUUUGGCUAGUUUGAUGAGUAUGAAGCAGGCUGACAUUGGCAAUUUAGAUGACUUUGAAGAAGAUAAUGAAGAUGAUGAUGAGAACCGAGUGGACCAAGAGGAAAAGGCAGCAAAAAUUACAGAAAUUGUAAACCAGUUGAAUGCUCUGAGCAGCUUAGAUGAAGAUCAAGAUGACUGCAUAAAGCAAGCAAAUAUGCCUUCAGCUAAAUCAGCCAGUUCCUCUGAAGAGCUUAUCAACAAACUUAACUUUUUAGAUGAAGCAGAAAAGGACUUGGCCACUGUGAAUUCAAAUCCAUUUGAUGAUCCUGAUGUAGCAGACUUAAAUCCAUUUGGAGAUCCUGACUUAGAAGAACCAAUCACUGAAACAGCUUCACCUGAAAAACCAGAAGAAUCUUUCUAUAAUAACAGUUAUAAUCCCUUUAAGGAGAUGCAGACUCCACAGUAUUUGAACCCAUUUGAUGAGCCAGAAACUUUUAUAACUAUAAAGGAUUCUCCUCCCCAGUCUACAAAAAGAAAAAAUAUAAGACCUGUGGACAUGAGCAAGUACCUUUAUGCUGAUAGUUCUAAAACUGAAGAAGAGUUGGAUGAAUCAAAUCCUUUUUAUGAACCGACACCAGCUCCUCCUCCAAGUAAUUUGGUAACUCCAGUUCAAGAACUGGAAACUGAAAGGAGAGUAAAAAGAAGGGCCCCAGCCCCACCAGUCCUCUCACUGAGGACAGGAGGAGUAAUUGAAAACACAGUUGUAUCUACAGGAAGAAAUCUCUGUACUUCUCCAAAGCCAAGUCCUAUACCAAGUCCUGUGUUGGGGCGAAAGCCAAAUGCUAGUCAGUCAUUGCUUGUAUGGUGCAAAGAAGUUACGAAAAACUACCGGGGAGUAAAAAUCACCAAUUUUACUACAUCAUGGAGAAAUGGUUUAUCUUUUUGUGCAAUAUUACACCAUUUUAGACCAGAUUUAAUUGACUACAAGUCUCUGAAUCCUCAAGAUAUUAAAGAGAACAACAAAAAGGCAUACGAUGGAUUCGCCAGCAUAGGAAUUUCCCGAUUAUUGGAACCUUCUGAUAUGGUUUUAUUAGCGAUUCCUGACAAACUGACUGUUAUGACUUAUCUCUAUCAAAUAAGGGCACAUUUCAGUGGCCAAGAACUAAAUGUCGUUCAGAUAGAGGAAAACAGCAGUAAAAGCACAUAUAAAGUUGGGAACUAUGAAACUGAUACAAACAGUUCUGUUGAUCAAGAAAAAUUCUAUGCAGAGCUUAGUGAUCUCAAGCGGGAGCCUGAACUACAAGAGCCUACCAGUGGAGCAGUAGACUUCGUAUCACAGGAUGACUCUGUAUUUGUAAAUGAUAGUGGGGUUGGAGAGUCAGAAAGUGAGCAUCAGACGCCUGAUGAUCACCUUAGUCCAAGUACAGCCUCCCCUUACUGUCGCAGGACUAAAAGUGACACAGAACCCCAAAAGUCCCAGCAGAGCUCUGGAAGGACAUCAGGAUCCGAUGACCCUGGAUUAUGUUCCAGUACAGAUUCAACACAAGCACAGAUUUUGUUAGGGAAGAAGAGACUUUUGAAAGCUGAAGCUUUAGAAUUAAGUGACUUAUAUGUUAGUGACAAAAAGAAGGAUGUGUCUCCACCCUUUAUUUGUGAGGAGUUAGAUGAGCAAAAGCUUCAGACUUUAGAUAUCAGGAGUAACUUGGAGCAAGAAAAAUUGGAGAAUUCCAGACCCUUAGAAUGCAGAUCAGAUCCUGAAUCACCUGUCAAAAAAACAGGUUCAUCUCCUACUUCUAAACUUGGAUAUUCGUACAAUAGAGAUGCAGACCUUGCAAAGAAAAAACGUACUUCCCUGAGGCAGACAGAGUCCGAUCCAGAUGCUGAUAGAACCACUUUAAAUCAUGCAGGUCAUUCCUCAAAAACAGUACAGCAUCGAAUGUUAUCCAGACAAGAAGAACUUAAAGAAAGAGCAAGAGUUCUGCUUGAGCAAGCAAGAAGAGAUGCAGCUUUAAAGGCAGGGAAUAAGCAGAAUACCAACGCAGCCCCACCACUCUGCAGCAGGCAGCUAAGUGAUCAAGAUGAAGAGCGACGUCGGCAGCUGAGAGAGAGAGCUCGUCAGCUAAUAGCAGAAGCUCGAUCUGGAGUGAAGAUGUCAGAACUUCCCAGCUAUGGUGAAACAGCUGCAGAGAAGUUGAAAGAAAGGUCAAAGGCAUCUGGAGAUGAAAAUGAUAAUAUUGAGGUAGAUACUAACGAGGAGAUUCCUGAAGGCUUUGUUGUAGGAGGUGGAGAUGAACUUACUAACUUAGAAAAUGACCUUGAUACUCCCGAACAAAACAGUAAGUUGAUGGACUUGAAGCUGAAAAAGCUCCUAGAAGCUCAGCCACAGGUGGCAAAUUCACUCUCCAGUGCAAUCCAGAAGGCUGUACCUGAGAGCUCAGAUCAAGACAUUAAGAACGGCACGGAAGAUCUCCGGACUGAGCGAUUACAAAAAGCAACAGAACGUUUUAGAAAUCCUGUUGUGUUCAGCAAGGAUUCUACAGUCAGAAAAACUCAACUUCAGUCUUUCAGUCAAUAUGUUGAGAAUAGACCAGAGAUGAAAAGGCAGAGAUCAAUACAGGAAGAUACAAAGAAAGGAAAUGAGGAGAAGGCAGCGAUAACUGAAACUCAGAGGAAGCCAUCAGAAGAUGAAGUGCUUAAUAAAGGGUUCAAAGACACCAGUCAGUAUGUUGUAGGAGAAUUGGCAGCACUAGAGAAUGAGCAAAAGCAAAUUGACACCCGUGCCGCGCUGGUGGAGAAGCGCCUUCGCUAUCUCAUGGACACAGGAAGGAACACAGAAGAAGAAGAAGCUAUGAUGCAGGAAUGGUUUAUGUUAGUUAAUAAGAAAAAUGCCUUAAUAAGGAGAAUGAACCAGCUCUCUCUUCUGGAAAAAGAACAUGAUUUAGAACGACGGUAUGAGCUGCUGAAUCGGGAAUUGCGGGCAAUGUUAGCCAUUGAAGACUGGCAGAAGACAGAGGCCCAGAAGCGACGCGAGCAGCUCCUGCUGGAUGAGCUGGUGGCCCUGGUGAACAAACGCGAUGCGCUAGUCAGGGACCUGGAUGCACAGGAGAAGCAGGCCGAAGAAGAAGAUGAGCAUUUGGAGCGAACUCUGGAGCAAAACAAAGGCAAGAUGGCCAAGAAAGAGGAGAAAUGUGUUCUCCAGUAGCUGUCAACCAGAAUCUCUCCCAACAUUUUAGAGUCUUGGGUUCCCAGACCAGAAAAAGUCAGACUUGUUGUUGAUUUAAAACUUCAAAAAUGUUGUUUGGCCUGACUGUACUUCUUUAGCACCACCACCACCACCCAUUUUCCUCCCUCCUUUCCAGAUAAUAUACAGUAGUCCAAAAUAGCUUUGUUUUAAGGAUUUUUUUGUAAGUUAAUCAUUUCUUUGAAAUCAUAUGAACUAGAUUUGCACAGACACCUUGUAUGUGAUUGGUAUUGGAGGUGUUCAAGAAACUGUUCAAAAAGGAAUUUUAAAAAUGCUUCCCUCAUUUUUUGUUGGGAGGAAAAUUUGAAACGUUUUUGGUGGUGGUAGUGGUGGUAAUAGCAUAAUGACGGUGGGAGGGGGGUGACGGGGAGAUAAGAAAAAUGUCCUGAAUGAUUUUUUUUCCCAGUCCUCCCAUAUGUAACACUUACUCUGUUACCUAAAUUUUUAUAGUUAGAUCAUAUUCAAUCUACUUAUUAAAUUGUGUUCUAUUUACCAGUGGAGUUUUUGCAGUUGUUUUGCAUUUCACUGUAAGGAAAAUAGAGUUCCUCUCCUCUGCUUUCCUCAGAGGAUGACCCUUUAACAUAGUCUGAGACAAGCCCUGUGGUUCGAAGGUAAACUGUGAGGAUGGGACUAAGUGACAUGCAUCAGUUUACAAAGACACUCUUAUCAUCCGAGAAUACGCCAUCUUUUUCUCUGGACAGUUAUUUAUUACAUCUUGCUUGGUUCCUACAUUUCGUUGGUUCUCAACAUUGGCUCAAGAAUGCUGUUAGUAUUUAUUCUGUGUUGAUAAAAGUCUGUCUUGCCACUAUGAGUAAAUCCCCCAAUUAAUAUUUUCUUCUCUAGCAUAGCACUGUCAUUUUUUGUGUGUGAAAAUGGUUAUGUUUAUUUAUUACAAUACUGAGUCAUAUAAAUUUUCAAUAAAAGCAGAAACUUUCUUACCUUAAA